CCUCCCCCUCCCCUUCUUCCUCCGUGAGGCGCUCCUCCAGCAGCCAGGCAGCAUGGCGGCCGUGGAGACGCGUGUGUGCGAGACGGAUGGUUGCAGCAGUGAGGCCAAGCUCCAGUGUCCCACCUGCAUCAAGCUGGGCAUCCAGGGCUCAUACUUCUGCUCGCAGGAGUGCUUUAAAGGAAGUUGGGCUACUCACAAGUUACUACAUAAGAAAGCAAAAGAUGAAAAGGCCAAGCGAGAAGUAUCUUCCUGGACUGUGGAAGGGGAUAUCAACACUGACCCAUGGGCAGGUUAUCGAUACACUGGUAAACUCAGACCACAUUAUCCACUGAUGCCAACAAGGCCAGUGCCAAGUUAUAUUCAAAGACCAGAUUAUGCUGAUCACCCUUUAGGAAUGUCUGAAUCUGAGCAGGCUCUUAAAGGUACUUCUCAAAUUAAGUUGCUCUCAUCUGAAGAUAUAGAAGGAAUGCGACUUGUAUGUAGGCUUGCUAGAGAAGUUUUGGACAUUGCUGCUGGGAUGAUUAAACCAGGUGUAACUACUGAAGAAAUAGAUCAUGCUGUACACUUAGCAUGCAUUGCAAGAAAUUGCUAUCCUUCUCCCCUGAAUUAUUAUAAUUUCCCAAAGUCUUGUUGUACUUCAGUAAAUGAAGUGAUUUGCCAUGGAAUUCCAGACAGACGGCCAUUGCAAGAAGGUGAUAUUGUUAAUGUGGACAUCACUCUUUAUCGCAAUGGUUAUCACGGGGACCUGAAUGAGACGUUCUUUGUUGGGGAUGUGGAUGAGGGAGCACGGAAGCUGGUUCAGACCACAUACGAGUGCCUCAUGCAAGCCAUCGACGCAGUGAAACCUGGUGUUCGAUACAGAGAAUUGGGAAACAUUAUUCAGAAGCACGCCCAAGCAAAUGGAUUUUCAGUUGUUCGAAGCUAUUGUGGGCAUGGAAUCCACAAGCUUUUUCAUACAGCCCCCAAUGUCCCCCACUAUGCCAAAAAUAAAGCAGUUGGAGUGAUGAAGGCUGGCCAUGUAUUUACAAUUGAGCCAAUGAUUUGUGAAGGCGGAUGGCAGGAUGAAACCUGGCCGGACGGCUGGACCGCGGUGACGAGAGACGGGAAGCGGUCGGCCCAGUUCGAGCACACGCUGCUGGUCACGGACACUGGCUGUGAGAUCCUAACCCGGCGACUCGAUAGCACGCGGCCUCACUUCAUGUCCCAGUUUUAAUUUCUCCUGAGAUGGCACAUCUCAGUGAUACCUUCUGGCUGUACUAUGCGUUUUACUGAGAGUACAGAAUGGAAGAGGAAAUUUUUUAUUCCUUGUUUUGUUUUGUCUGUAGAUAAGGAAGGACUACAGCAUUUGAGACGAGUCCUUAAGAACUUGUCUUGGGUCUGAAAAAGCCAAGAAGAAUAAAGGAACAUUUCUCAACUCCUUUCAGUGCUUCCCCCCCCCACACAAAAAAAUCUUCUGCACCCGUUUUCUCAUUUGCCCUUUGAGCACUUUUUACUUAAACCUGCUUCUAGUUGCUUUUAUCACUGCCACAACUGGGCUGUCAGAGCCACCUGCUUUCCAGGUGAAUGCCGGAGAUGAGAAAUCCUUGAAACUUUAGCAGCAUAUGUUGCUCCAGAUUUUUUUUUUAUUAUUAUAUGUAUGGAAAUAUAUGUAUACAUUUUAAAUUCCAUAUCUAUAGUUAUUGAACACUAUGCGACCUGAGGUUUGUGUUGAUUCUGCUCUGACAGGGUUAUAUGCUGUCAUAAAUGGACCCACUGUUUGCAGUGAUUUCAUUCCCAGCUGGCAACUGGCCUCCCUUCUCCCCCCCUGCUAGUGAUUGACCUUUGGAAUUGCGUGUCAGGAAGCACUCCGUCGGUGAGACUCUCUUUCCACUGUGGACUCUGUGUCAGUGAAUGGAGGUGGCAGAAUUCACUUGGGAAAAGGUUAUCAGGUUUUUAUGAAUCUAGUUUAUGUUUGUAAAAAUAGCCAUGCUCCAAGGGGUAGUUGGCUGUGGCGGAGCAUGAGGUCGAGGUAACACACUGCUAUUUCGGACCUCCUGUUUGGUCAUAAUGGGAGGGAAAAAAGCCCCCUUCCCCUCCCUCUCUUACUCCCAGGGCGUACCUUGGAGAUUCUCAGAGGAUGGUGGAGGUUGUGCUGGGCAGGAUGACAGGAAAAGACAGUUCUGAAAUCUCUCCAGCACUGAGCAGAGUCUGAAAUUCUGACAGUUAGUAAACCUGGUAGGGAUGAGAAAGGAACUUCUUUGGACCCUGGACUGUUCCCCUUUCAAGGGACGCAGCUGUCCUCGGUGUGCCGAAAACGGACUUCACCUCUUAGGUGGCUGGGAACUGCAUGAGAAGUGAGCUCCGCUGCCUGACCUCUGUGUUCCUUUCAGUAGGUCAGUACAAAUGGGAGUGCAUCCCAUGCAGCCCUCACGGCUCGAGUCACGGUCGUUAGAGUCUGCCUGCUUACCAGGUCUCUCUCUGGUAACUUGAUUGCAAGAUCAUUUGAUACCACUGGCAUGUUACCCGAGUAUGAGAACAUCUUUCCCGGAGUGCCUCAGACCUUUAUUGCUUUAAAGGAAUGAUGAUAAUGUCUUCAUUACUUUUAUUAUUUUAAUGAUUUAUUAAAGUGGCCGAAUCUGGUAUAGACUUUCGGGGGUAUGUGUGUGAAGUUUUUUUAUGAAACUGUAAUAUUUGUGAAUGGAAUGCUUUGCAAUAUGAAUGUUAAUAUAAUGUGUAAAGGGAGAUUAAAAAGUUUGAAUGAUUAUACCA